AAAUCCUCCACGCUAAGGCACCUCCGAUUCUGCCGUCCCUUUCACUUUUUCGCUUAUUUUCCAAUUUAUUUGUCCAACAAGAAAACAGAUCACAUUCACAAAUUAAAAAAAUUAUUAAACAUCUCAAUUAACUUCUCCUCCUCCUCGUCCUAGGCCCCUUCGUCCCCACUAUAAUUGCACCAGAGAAAACCCCCAAUUCUCUCUCAUAAUUCUAGGGGUUUUUUUUUCUUCUCCUCAUUUUCCCCAAAUUCGAUCACUUUUUUUUUUGAGCUUUCCUAGAACUUUAACUGAUCGAGAAGGACGCGAGCCGUUCCGAGAAAAAGGGAGGUUUUUGAGGAUGGGCGGCUACGGCGGUGGUGCGGCGGGGGAGGCGAAAACCGCCGUGGACGGCGGCGGUGACGUGACGGUACACGUGCGGUGCUCGAACGGGUCAAAGUUCUCCGUGCAGAUCGGGCUAGAAUCCAGCGUGGGAUCGUUUAAGUCUGUUCUGGCUCAGAACUGCGAUAUUCCUGCUGAGCAACAGAGGUUGAUUUACAAAGGCAGGAUUUUGAAGGACGAUCAAACCCUGGACAGCUACGGAUUGGAAGCUGAUCACACAGUACACUUGGUUCGAGGUUUUGCACCAACUGCAUCAGCUAACGCUACAGGUGCAACCAACACUGGAGUUGCAAAUUCUACUCCUAGUGGCGUGACCUCUGUUAGCUCUGACAAUGGUGGGGCAUUUGGAGGUUCUGGUUUGGACACUUCCCUUUUUCCUGGACUUGGUUUUAAUGGAUUAGGCGGCAACAGUGGAUUAUUUGGAGCUGGAUUUCCAGAAUUUGAACAAAUGCAGCAACAGUUGACUCAGAACCCUAAUCUGGUCAGAGAAUUAAUGAACAUGCCUGCUGUUCAGAAUCUAAUGAAUAACCCAGAAAUUAUGCGGAAUAUGAUAAUGAAUAAUCCUCAGAUGAAUGAACUCAUUGAUCGUAACCCAGAGCUUGCUCACAUCCUCAAUGACCCUAGCACUCUCCGUCAGACGUUGGAGGCAGCAAGAAACCCUGAACUUAUGCGUGAGAUGAUGCGCAAUACUGACAGAGCAAUGAGCAAUAUUGAAGCGUCUCCUGAGGGAUUUAAUAUGCUAAGACGCAUGUAUGAAAAUGUCCAAGAGCCAUUUCUUAAUGCAACAACUAUGGCCGGAGAUGCUAGAAAUGAUGCAGGCUCGAACCCAUUUGCAGCUCUUCUGGGCACGCAAGGUGGUGGGCCUACAAGUACUGGUUCUGAAGCUACAACCAAUUCUCCUGCUCCAAACACUAAUCCACUUCCCAACCCAUGGGCCUCUGGUGGGGCUGGAGGCGCCCAAGCUAACUCCACUCCAAGAUCAAAUCCUGCUGGGGAUGCUAGGCUGCCGGAUUUUGAGCGCAUGUUUGGUUCCGCGCAGGAUCCUGCUUCAUUCAAUCAGUUUAUGCAAAACCCAGCUGUAUCACAGAUGAUGCAAAGUCUACUCUCGAACCCUCAGUACAUGGAACAGGUUCUUGGGCUGAAUCCCCAGAUGCGUAAUAUGGUAGAUUCCAAUUCCCAACUUAGAGAGAUGAUGCAAAAUCCAGACUUCAUACGUCAGUUGACUUCGCCUGAAACAAUGCAGCAACUCUUGACUUUGCGGCAAACCCUGAUGCCUCUUCUUGGUCAGCAGCCUUCAACCCGGGAAUCAGGUCAAACUGUUGGUGGGACAGCAGGAUCACUUGAUCCUAUGGGGUUGGAGAUGUUGAUGAACAUGUUUGGGGGACUUGGGACUGGAAGCCCCACCGUUGCUACCAGAUCGGAUGAGCCCCCAGAAGAACUGUAUGCCACUCAGCUCUCACAGCUACAAGAAAUGGGUUUCUUUGAUACCCGAGAGAACAUACAGGCACUGAUGGCAACUUCAGGGAAUGUUCAUGCUGCUGUGGAGCGGCUUUUGGGGAACCCCGGACAGUAAAUUACGACGUUCGUUUGAUCAAGACAUCGAAUAUAUAUAUCUAUAUAGUCAAUCGGUGACCGGUAAAAGCCAUUUUCGGAUCUUACUUUGGCUAAUGAAUAAGUACAGAGAUGAUAAAGAGUUCUGAACCUAUUUAUAAUGAACCUAUUUACUAUAUUGUUUUUCUUGGUUUUUUUUUCUUUUCCCGAUCGGCUAUAUCGUUUAAUUCAGGCUCUGGAUGCAAUAUGUGUUCUGCUUGUGGAAUUGAAGCUUGUACGAGAAAUCUCACCUCUAUUGUGGCUUGAUGUAUUCUCUUCCUCAUAAUGUGAUCUUGUCUAUGUGCAAUGAAGCUGAGAGCUUAUAUCUA